AUGACUCUGCUUCGUUCCACUUUUUCCACGCAUGCCGUGCGGCGCAGUAUGGCCAGCUCGCCACUGGCCUCCGGGGUUCGGUGGCAGGUGCAGCUGCCGCGCGGCGCCUCGCCCCCGGGAAGGCUCUUCUCGAGUGGAAUUUUUUCGUCUGUGACCCCCAGCGCCCCUCAACUUGUCUCCUACGCCGCCGUUGAAAGCUGCAUUUCCUCGCAGGGGGGAUCUGCUGAGCGCGCACAUGCACUGGCGACCGGGCGCCAGAGAAAACGCGCCUUCAGCUCCAGCGUCGUGAAAGCGUUCGCGAACGUCGACCCGGAUAACUUGAGCGGAGCCUGCCCACACACAGUCCAGAACCUCGUUCAGGGCAAAUGGACUACCACGCGUGAGACCUACGACGUCGUCGACCCCAUGAACGGCGAUGCCUUCAUCAAGAGCCCGUACACGAAGGGAGAUGAACUCGAGCCGUUCAUUGCGUCGCUCAAAGCCGUCCCCAAAAGCGGCCUCCACAACCCCCUGAAGAACCCGGAGCGCUACGUGCUGUAUGGCCAAAUCCUUCAGAAGACCGCAUCCAUGCUUCACGACGAGCGUGUCUUUGACUUCUUCACAAGAUGCAUUCUGAGAACCUUCCCCAAGAGCUACAAGCAGGCUGCAGGCGAAGUUCGCGUCGUCCGCGCUUUCUGCGAGAACUUUUCGGGCGACUCCAUCCGCUUCUUGGCGCGCGGCUUCAGCGUACCCGGCGACCACCCCGGUCAGCUCUCCAACGGCUUUAGGUGGCCUUUUGGCCCCGUGGCUGUUGUCAGCCCGUUCAACUUCCCUCUGGAGAUUCCAGUGAUGCAGUUCCUGGCCGCCGUGAUGGUCGGCAACAAACCCGUGGUGAAGACUGAGGCCACGCAAGCUCUUCCGGUUGAACAGUUCCUCAGGCUUCUUCACUACUGCGGCAUGCCGAUGGAAGACGUUGACUUGCUCAACACGCGCGGCCCUGUUGUGUCGGAGUUGCUGACGAAGGCGCCUGUGCGGCUGCUUCAGUUCACAGGAGGUUCGGCGACGGCCGAACACCUCAUUCAGUUGCUCAAGGGCCGCGUCAAGGUCGAGGACGCUGGCUUCGACUGGAAGAUUCUUGGGCCUGAGGCGAAGGCCGAAGACGUGGACUAUGUGGCGUGGCAAUGCGACCAGGAUGCUUACGCGCUCUCAGGCCAAAAGUGCUCCGCGCAGUCUCUUCUCGCUUUCCACUCGUCGUGGAAGGGUCUCGGCUUGCUUGAGAAGCUUAAGGAGUUGGCCAGUCGCCGCAGCUACGACGACCUGACUCUCAGCCCAGUCCUGUCGCACUCCAAUGAAGAAAUUCAGAAGCACGUCGACAGCUUGCUGAAGCUGCCCAACGCCUGUCUCCUGUUUGGGGGCAAGGCCGUGCAGAAUGCGACGACCGCCGCGAUCCCGGCGAAGUAUGGCGCUUACGAGCCCACUGCCGUCUUCGUUCCCCUGGGCUCGAUUCUGAUGAACAAGGAAAAUCUGGAGCUUGCCACUACGGAGCUUUUCGGGCCUGUGCAAGUUGUGACGGAGUGGAAGACGGGAGAAGAGCAGGACCUGUUGCGCCUGCUUGAGCAGAUGAAGCAUCACCUCACGGCGGCCGUGGUCUCGAGAGACCCGACGUUCCAGAACUUGAUUCUGGCCAACACCGUCAACGGGACGACGUACGCUGGCCUGCGCGCGCGGACGACUGGCGCGCCGCAGAAUCACUGGUUCGGACCCGCGGGAGAUCCUCUCGGCGCCGGCAUCGGGAGCCCCGAGGCUGUCCUCUGCACGUGGACCUGUCACAGGGAAAUCGUCUCCGACCAAGGCCCGAUCCCGGCCUCGUGGACGACUCCGCCUCCAUCGUAA